GGCAGUCAUGGCGGCUUUCCGUGACAUGGAGGAGGUGAGCUACUGGCUGCUGAGCCUGCUGGCGGCCAACCGCGCCGAGGCGCAGCAGCGGCAGCUGCUCGGGCGCUACGAGCAGAUGGUGGAGCGGCUGCUGGAGACGCAGGACGGCGCCGACCAGCGGCUUCGGGAGACCCUGGCUGUGGAGGAGGAAGUGGCCCAAAGCCUUCUCGAAUUGAAGGAAUGCACAACCCUGGGAGGCACCGAGCUCCAGCAGCUGGAAGUCGAGCUCCAGAAGGCCAGCAAGGAGGAUGUGUGUCUGCAGGCCAGGCUCUGUCAGCUCACCACAGAGCUUCGGGAGCUCCGGGAGAUGGAGGCGGAUCUCCAGCAACAGGAGAGAGAAGUGGACGAGGACACCACCAUCACCAUCCCAUCCGCAGUGUACGUGGCUCAGCUCUACCACCGAAUUAGUAAAAUAGAAUGGGAUUACGAAUGUGAGCCAGGCACCAUCAAAGGCAUCCACCACGGCCCCACGGUGGCCCUGCCUAUCCACCUGAACAGAGCGCAGCUCUCACAGAAGUUUGUCAGCGACUACCUCUGGAGCCUGGUGGACACGGAGUGGUAGCCAGAGCCUUGACCUCACGCCUUGCACAGAAUUGGGGUUGACGGGGCCCAGAGGGGGAUCACUCUAAAUAUAAAAAUCUAUAUGUAAUGACUUCAUGUAUUUAUAUACUUGUUUUAAGACAUUGUCUCGGCCGGGCGGUGGUGGCGCACGCCUUUAAUCCCAGCACUCGGGAGGCAGAGCCAGGCGGAUCUCUGUGAGUUCAAGGCCAGCCUGGGCUACCAAGUGAGUCCCAGGAAAGGCGCAAAGCUGCACAGAGAAACCCUGUCUCGAAAAACCAA